AAAUUGAAACCAUUUCCUUUCCCUUUCCUUCGCAGAAUGAUGUCUUCCAUGCGAGCAACGCCUCCCUUCCACCCAGCAUCUGAGGAAGAGGAAGCGAUGGGUCAGGACAACCCGGCCUGGACGAGCGAGGAGAGAGAGGGCCCGAUGGAGCCGCCGACCCCCCCCUCACACGACAGACCCCACCCGGACGAGCUGCAGCCAAUCAGGGAGAAGCUGACGGAUGCUGAGUGGGAGAACGUGGUGCCCGCUGCGAUGGACAUUGAGAGCAGUAAAGGCUGCUCAGUGUACUCAUACCGGACUAACUCUACCUCUCCACCGAAGCCAGAGGAUCCGAUGAUCUGCCUCGCCUUCGGGACGCCGGAGCGCCGCAAGGGAAGCCUGGCCGACGUGGUGGACACUCUGAAGCAGAAGAAACUGGUGGAGCUGACCAAGACCGAGCAAGACGGUAGGCCAACGUCUUCAGCUCA